UCAGUUUUCAGAUGGCGCUGAUAGAUGAAGACAUUGCAUUCCACUCCAACAUACCUGUGCCACUGGAUAUAACGGUGGCUGUGGUCUACUCUAUUUUUGGAUUAUGUUCACUGUUUGGCAACAGCAUGCUGCUCUAUGUCUCCUACAAGAAGAAGCACCUCCUGAAACCCGCCGAGUUCUUCAUCAUCAACUUGGCCGUCAGUGACUUGGGCCUGACUCUGUCCCUCUACCCCAUGGCGAUAACUUCGAGCUUCUACCACAGGUGGCUGUAUGGGAAAACAGUUUGCUCCAUGUACGCUUUUUGUGGCAUGUUGUUUGGCAUCUGCAGCCUGACCACUCUAACUCUGCUCAGCAUGGUGUGCUUUGUAAAAGUAUGUUAUCCGCUCUAUGGGAACAGGUUUAACUCUGUUCAUGGCCGUGUGCUCGUCGCAUGUGCUUGGGUCUACGCCCUGUUGUUCGCCUGCUCCCCGCUUGCCCACUGGGGGAAAUAUGGACCAGAGCCUUAUGGCACCGCCUGCUGCAUUGACUGGCGCCUGUCCAAUCAGCACACCACGGCACGCUCCUACACUGUGGCACUGUUCAUCUUCUGCUACAUCCUUCCAUGCUGUGUUAUUGUGGCGUCCUACACAGGCAUUCUGGCCACGGUGCAUGCAUCCCGCAAGAAUAUGGAGCAGCAUGCACCGAGACAGACGCACAUAAGCAGCAUGCAGACAAUUAUCGUCAAGCUAAGUGUUGCUGUCUGCAUCGGUUUCUUUGCGGCAUGGAGUCCAUAUGCUGUGGUGUCCAUGUGGGCUGCCUUUGGACACAUUGAGAACAUCCCCCCUCUGGCAUUCGCCAUGCCAGCCAUGUUUGCCAAGUCCUCCACCAUCUACAACCCAAUCAUCUACCUAAUGCUGAGGCCGAACAUCCGCAAGGUGAUGCGCAGGGACCUGGGUACUCUAUGUCACGCCUGCCUGAGGGGCUGCCACUGGUCUGAUGGGCCAGCUAAGUGCUGCUCCAGGCCGGGGAUGAGGGUCAGACUUCGUACGGUCCACAGGCAGACCAAGCAGUUCCCUUCGUCCAACUCCUCUGCUCAGCCUCCUAUGGUAGCAUUAAAAGACCACAGCUGUGAGAAGUGCAGGGAUGCUUUCGAAUGCUUCAGACACUACCCUCAAAUGUGCGGCGUCUCUCACCCUGACGCCGAUGGAGACUCGUCCAAGGAUCAAGGCACUCCAGUUCCACAAACACAUAAGCAGAAGCCUCAAAGUGCGUGCAACAAGAAGUCUCUGCUGGCCACCAUGUGUGCAAAAAGGACUUCAGAAGCAGACAACUUCCAUAUUAAUUUAGAGAUGGUUCCAGGGCAUGCGAAAGUGGCUUGGCCUUGA